GUUCUUCCGGUGUUGCUUGGUUCGGAACGUGGAAGCUCUCAGUUUCCAACGCUGCUUUCAAAAAUGAACGAACAACAUGGCAUAAGAGUAUCCGCAAAUCGGCAUCGUCUUGUUUCCCUACAAAAUGUGCUCCGAUUCUUAUUCGAAAUAGCUUUUUCGCCACCAACCUCUGCUCACGGCGAUAGCAGGGCACGAUUGAAAACUGUAGCACACUCACUGAUUGUUGCAAUUGCGCGAGAGUUAGUUACACCUAAGGAUGCUUUUGGCGAUGGACCACCAGUAUUGCAAACACCAAACAGAUUUCGUCGUACAGUUACUCAUGCAAAUUGGGAUGUCAGCAGUGGCGCUGCAGAUGCAAUUGCGCUGAGUGUAACUGCGCCUGGAAUUGCGUUACAUGGUGUUGGUGUGUACGGUACUCAUCACGAUUAUGAACAGAAAUUUAUUUGCGAGGUUUUAAUAAAUCGUGGGGAUUCAGCUCACGAAAGAUGGGAUGUUUUGGAGAGAGUUAUUGGUACAUUAGCGAAUAAAUUCGAAUCGUGCCAGCGUGAAAUUGCAAUGUUACGACUAACGAAAGCUGUCAAAUUGCAGCCCAUGUGCACGUAUGCAAUCCGACUUCAAAUCAAUGGGGGAAAAACAUUCUGCGGUGAAGGCGGUGUUAGUAGUGUACGUUUGGGUAAUGGGUCUAGGAUGCAUUUUGAACCGUGCAGCCUGAGCGUAAAUGGUACUUCACUGGCUCGCGGACAAAUACCGUUCGUACUGUACUCUGUACAAGAUGAUGAAAAUGAUGCUAUCCAACAGCUUGCUGAUACAGAACAAGUAAGUUAG